AUGAGAGAAAUUGUUCAUGUGCAAGGUGGCCAAUGUGGUAAUCAGAUUGGAGCUAAAUUCUGGGAAGUUAUCUCAGACGAACACGGAGUUGAUCCAACUGGUACUUAUCAUGGUGAUUCAGACCUCCAGUUAGAAAGAAUCAAUGUAUACUACAAUGAAGCAGCAGGUGGAAGAUACGUUCCAAGAGCUGUGUUGAUGGAUCUUGAGCCAGGAACUAUGGACUCAGUCCGAGCUGGACCAUUUGGACAACUCUUCAGGCCGGAUAACUUUGUGUUCGGACAGACUGGUGCAGGAAACAAUUGGGCCAAAGGACAUUACACUGAAGGAGCUGAACUUAUUGACUCCGUACUUGACGUAAUCAGGAAGGAGGCUGAGGAGUGCGAUAGCCUCCAAGGGUUCCAGAUUGCUCAUUCACUUGGAGGAGGAACUGGAUCAGGGAUGGGAACCUUGCUGAUCUCAAAGAUCAGAGAAGAAUACCCAGAUAAAAUCAUAAAUGCUUUCUCUGUAUUUCCUUCUCCAAAGGUUUCAGAUACUGUUGUUGAGCCAUAUAAUGCCACUCUUUCAGCUCAUCAAUUAGUCGAGCAUUGUGAUGGAGUCAUGGUUCUUGACAACGAAGCUUUGUUUGAUAUCUGCACUAGAACACUCAAGCUUACAAAUUCUACUUAUGGAGACUUGAACCAUCUGGUGUCUGCAUGUCUCUCAGGAGUGACUUGCUGUCUAAGAUUUCCUGGCAGAUUGAAUUCAGAUAUGAGGAAAUUAGCUGUAAAUUUGGCUCCAUUUCCAAGACUUCAUUUCUUCAUGAUUGGUUUUGCUCCACUUACCUCUAAAAGAUCUCAACAAUACAGAGCCUUGACUAUUCCAGAGGUUACAAAUCAGAUGUUUGACGCUAAGAACAUGAUGUGCGCGAGUGACCCAAGACAUGGAAGAUACUUAGCGGCAUCUGCCUUAUUUAGAGGAAGAGUGACUAAUAAUUAUGAACGUGAUGAGGAAAUGCUUAACAUACAAAACAAAUACUCUUCUUAUUUUGUAGAGUGGAUUCCAAAUAAUAUGAAAACAUCUCACUGUGAUAUUCCUCCAAGAGGGCUUAAGUUUGCCUCGACAUUGAUUGCAAACUCAACUGCCAUCCAGGAGAUGUUCAAAAGAAUUGAUGGGCAAUUCACAGCUAUGGUUCGAAGAAGAGCUUUCUGGCAUCAAUUCACUGGUGAAGGUAUGGAUGAAAUGGAGUUUUUUGAUGCUGAUUCUAAUAUGAAAGAUUUAAUUGAUGAGUAUCAACAGUACCAGGAUAUCACAGAUGAUGAUGAGGAAUUUGAAGAUUAUUAUGAUGAAGAAGAUUAUUAA